AUGGAGGCGCCGGCGACGGAGGUAAAGAAGAAAAGCUCGCCGGUGAUACCAUGGAUGAGAGACCCAGUUGAUAUUAGUAUCUCCGGCUCCUGCCGUCUCAGUUCCCUCCCUUUUCUUGACCCCAGAUUAGAGAAGGCUUUGCAUAGUAUGGGAAUCACGUCACUCUUUCCUGUGCAAGUAGCAGUUUGGCAAGAAACAAUUGGGCCUGGUUCUUUUAAUCGAGACCUCUGCAUAAAUUCUCCCACAGGGAGUGGUAAAACUCUUGCUUAUGCUUUGCCGAUUGUGCAGACGCUAUCUUCUCGAACAGUAAAAUGCCUUCGAGCUCUGGUCGUGUUGCCCACUCGUGACUUGGCCGUGCAGGUUAAGGAAGUGUUUGCUGCUUUGGGCUCUGCAGUGGGCUUGUCUGUGGGCUUGGCAGUGGGCCAAUCUUCCAUUGCUGAUGAGAUCUCAUCUCUCAUCGAGAAGCCCAAUAUGGGAACUAGCAUUUGUGAUGAACCUGAAGAUUUCGUUCGGGAGCCAAGAACUUCAGUGGAUAUACUCGUAGCUACACCAGGAAGGCUAAUGGACCAUAUCAAUAACACUGAUGGUUUCACGCUCGAGCAUCUUUGUUACCUUGUGGUCGAUGAAACAGAUCGGUUACUAAGAGAAGCCUACCAAUCAUGGCUGCCUACUGUUCUUCACUUGGCUUAUUCUCGAAAUCAAAAUCAAGUUCCAUCUUCGGAUGAAGAUAUUCUUCCUACAUUCGGCUCACUCAAAACCAUCAGAAAUUUUGGGGUCGAGAGGGGGUUUAAGGGAAGGGCUCAUCCGAGACUCACGAAGAUGGUUUUAUCAGCUACACUAACUCAAGAUCCGAGUAAGAUUGCACAGCUUCAUCUUCAUCAUCCAUUGUUAUUGACUACUGGACGAAAGCGCUACCAGCUUCCCGAACAACUGAAAUCUUAUAAAGUGUUGUGCUCGUCAAAGCUUAAACCACUUUAUCUACUGGCAUUGUUGGGAACUUUGCAAGGCGAGAAAAGCAUUGUUUUUACUUCAUCUGUAGAGUCGACUCACAGACUUUGCACCUUGUUAAAUUUCUUUGGUGACCUUCAAAUUAAGAUUAAGGAGUACUCUCGUCUGCAGCGUCAGUCCAUAAGAAGCAAGACGUUGAGGGCAUUCAGGUCAGGAGAAGUGCAAGUACUGAUUUCAUCUGAUGCAAUGACUCGAGGAAUGGAUGUUGAAGGUGUGAAAAAUGUGAUAAAUUAUGAUAUGCCCUCGUAUAUAAAGACCUACAUUCACCGAGCCGGCCGAACUGCGAGGGCUGGGCAAACCGGGUGUUGCUUCACGCUUUUGCACAAGGAUGAGGUUGCACGAUUCAACAGGCUGUUACGAAAGGCUGACAAUGAUUCUUGUCCCGUUUUUUCUGUUCCAUCUGAGUCAGUAGAGACGUUUCAGUCCAUGUACAAAACAGUUUUGGAACGAUUGAAAGAGAGUGUUGAAUCCGAAAAAUUUAGAAAGGGCAGUGUCAGGAGCAAUCGCCCAGGUGUUGUUCGCAAAAAGGCGAAAGCUGCCUGA